GGCUUCAGCCUAAGCUUUUAGCCUGCAUUAAAAUUAAGGCAGUAAGUGUAAUGUGUGAUUUUUCACAUCUCUAAAAAAACUUAAAGUGCUGCUUCAAAUGUCUUGGUAUGGCCAGCUGGUGAUCUGUAGAAUACUGGCUAAAGCUGAUGGAUGAAGCUACACUGAUUGUCUGUUGGCCCCAGGGAGCUGCAAAGAGGUGCAAAUCUUUAUAAUUUCAAAAGAAGAACUAAUGGUCAUGUGGCAUACUUUUAGUGUAGUGGUCACAAGAGCAGUGGCAUUUUAUAUGUCAUGCUGCCAUGGAAAUGGUGCAUGAUAUUGAAAGAAAACAGUCAUUUUUUCAAGUAAUGUUCCUUUAAAUCUGAAUGAAGGCCAGCUGUGCUUAACUGAUCACCUGAUCAUGAUCUACUGAUACAUACAGGGUACCCUGGGAACAGAAGGUCAGGCUUCUCACUUCUUUGCCAUUUUAUGGAUCGCAAGAGAAAAUUAAUUUGUGAUGCAUUCAAAGUGAAGAAGCUACGAGACAGCUGUUCGAGAGAUGGAACAGAUCUAAAAGCAUCUGCUUCUCCGUAUCCGGACUUCACGGAGGACCCUCAUGGAGCCGUCUCAUACCUGUGUGCCCUCUUUCCCCGUAAAUUAUUCAAUGAUACUUUGCCUCCUCUCUUUCUAAAACAUCAGCUAUACAGUCUUUUACAAGAUCGCACAGCAGUAGACAGAUUGUUGAGUUCCCUCCAGCAAAAAGGGGAGGUGUGUUUAGUUCAGACUGGAUUUGAUCCUGACACAUUCAUGGUUGUAAUGACUGAUGACUUACGUAGGACCGCCCUCAGCAGCAGUGAAGGGGGCUCACGGGCUACUGUUGUCCGCAAAUUCCUGGACUGUGAUCUUUUGUUAUCACCCAAAAUUAGCUACGGCAGAGAUGAAGUGAUGAUGAAACACCGCUUUAGUGAUGGAGAAAUAACAAAGCUGGUUCGUGCUGGACUACUGACAGUGAGAGAUGCUGGGAGCUGGUGGUUAGCUGUACCAGGAGCUGGAAGGUUCAUUACACAUUUUAUAAAGGGAAGGAAAGCUCUCCUUUCUCAGAUCCGCAGAUCUCGCUAUAAAGAAGUUCUUCUUACAGACCUUUCCACUCGCAAGGCUCCCCCUAACCUUCGCUUGGGGAUGGAGUUUCAUAUACAUGACAUAAUAGGAGCAGGUCUAGUUGACUGUAUUCCAACAGCCUCAGGAACGCUCCUCCGGAUAUCUGAAACCUAACAGAGAUUGUGCUCCUUCUAGUUCCUUGUCAUCUCACCACCAUCCCUUUGUAUUUUUCAAAUGGGAAAAGGCUACUGCAGCUUCAUUUGGCGUUUCUUUCUGCAUCACUUAUGGGUUAAUUUAUGCCAAAAUAUAAAUUUGUAAUAAAGUAAUUUAAUGUUGUAAAUAUUGGUUUAGCUGUAUUUACGCAAUAAAAAUCCACAUAUAAAUAGUUACAUAUAUUUAAAACACUCCAUUUAAAAGCAUGGAACAAUAGUGCACAGAAAGAGAAACAAAAUACAUUACCAUAUAUAUUAGAGAUUCAUAUCUGUAGGGCAGGUCCCCUAGGCGGAUGGAUCUUAAAGGUCAUUUAGGUUGAGAUUUGAGGUAAAUGCUAUGUUAUUUCAAAGAUAUAAAUCUGAAUGCCCAGGUUAGAACCCAGUAGCGAUGAAUUUGUGAUGAAUGCUUAUCUGUUGUCAUAUGUUCCCUAAGGUCUAAGGGUGCUUUGCUGCCUGUGUUUGGUGGUAAAGAUUUUUGUAUGAUUACACUAUUUUUUUAUUUUUUUUACACAUUAGGUCAGCAUUUUAGACCAACAACCUGAAUUUUUACAAUAUGGACCUUAUCCUAAACUGUUACCCAUUGGGUGCCAUAAAAUCCUCAUCAUAUGUUACAUCAUAAACUUGACAUAAUCUCACCCAGGGAUGAGGAGUUAAAAGCAGAGGUCUGUUUUAUGACCCUUAACACAACCCAUGACCAGCUGACCCACACUCACUGCAGGACUGUAUAGUGCUGUAAAAUUAUACAAAUAUGGUGCUGUAUUCUUUUAUAGCUGUAUGUAUAUUAAUUAUGUGGCUGUAUGAUAAUAAAUAUGUGGCACUGCAUGCUUCCAAGGCUGAGACACAGGCAGUUCCUAGCAGACAGCAAGUACAGGUGUUAUCUUGUCAUGUGUCCAAUGUUCUGCGGACAGGCUAACCAGACAAAGCUCUGCAGGUAAGGUAGGGGAAUGCUGACAUAAUUUCAGUUUGUAGAGAAGUAGUAAAGGAAAACAUAGGACAGCAAUGUUUUGCUUGGUGUUAAGCAAAUCUAAAUACAAACAAAUCUAUUUACUCUUGAAAAAAAUGAUUUCAGCACAGGAUUCUGGUAGAGGAAAACUAUACAAUUAUGUUGUAAACAAAAUGUGAACCUAUGAUGCCUUUCUUCUGUUUUCUAUCAGAUACUUUCCACAAUAAAAAUUUGAUGCACUGAAA